UCUGGCAUCAUAAAAGAGGAUGCAUCAACUUUAGUUUUAAGAAUCAAUGCUGCACCAUUUACUGACUUUUUGGUCCUUUUGAAAUUUGUUUCUGUGUUCUAAAAAUUUUCCAUUGACGGCUUCUCGAACGUCUGCUGUUUGUCAUCCAGGAACAAUAAGCUAACUGCUAGUCGGAGCACAGCCAAAACCAAAGUGUAUCGUUGCAGACCUACAACAAAUCCAAUCUGCAAAAUUUCACCAAUAUUCAUGUCAUGUAAUUAUUUUAUAAAUCUUGACACCACUAUCAGCUUAGCAACCUUGGAUUUUUACAGUUAUCUGCAAGCACAAAUAUCGCCAGUAGCAGCAGCAAUGUCCAGCAAGAAUGUCUUCAUAAUUCUGCUAAAUUAACCAUGUUUUAAAGAUUUUUUCCCUUAAAAAAAAACCCCACAGCCAGUGAAUGUUGGGGCAAGUCAAAAAUGUAUGUACCCAAAUUAGCCAAUGGCUAGACUUUAUCACUUGUUCAGUGAGGCAAAGAACGGGACUCCUGUCAGUACCAGUCUUACCAGUGUGCUUCUACUAGUUUAUAAAUCACUCAAUGGCAAGGGGCCAAAAUACAUGUUGGAUCUAGUUGCAGGUCAUAAAAUAGGUGCUGGUCAUAAAUUAGAAUAUCACGGCAAAGCUGAUUUAUUUCAGUAAUUCCAUUCAAAAAGUGAAACUUGCAUAUUAGAUUCACACACGGACUAAUAUAUUUCACAUGUUUAUUUCUUUUAAUUUGGAUGAAUAUGUCUGACAACUAAUGAAAAUCCCAAAUUCAGUAUCUCAGGUGAAGGUUCAAUAUUGGAGCCUCCUGGUGCCACACUUCAAUCAAGCUAAUUACCUCAAAAGACCUGCAAAAGCCUUUAAAUGGUCUCUCAGUCUAGUGCCACACAAUCAUGGGGAAGACUCCGGACCACUGACACGUUGCACAAGGAGGGCAAGACACAAAAGGUCAUUGCUAAAAAGACUGUCUGGUCACAGAGCUCAGUGUUAAUGAAUUUAUGUACAGAUUGUGUGUUUGUCAUUUUUAAUCAUGCAUUUUUCUCAAAUCCCAGCAGGAAUCUUUUAGUUUGGAGAUGCCUGCUGUAUCCUCUCUUCUCCAGAUCUGCCUCACAACACCAGUCUUCUAAAAGCAGUUAGCAGAACUGUCAAUGCAGUAGAAUUUAUUUUAAAAUUGAGUUUUUGAAUUUAAAGCCCGCAUCUCUUAGAUUAAAGUCUCCAACCCUUUAUUCACCAUGAGCUACUUUUACACAAAGAAGGCACAGAAGAGACUAUUGUCAUACGUUUUAUUCAACGUGUUCCUUUCCAUGUGGGAAAAUGCUCACCAUAUAUGUAACAUGUUCAAAGAAGUUGCAAAGAACAUACAGCAGCUUGUAUUCGUUCAUAAGUUGCUUUUGCAAUAUUUCAAUACAUUAAAAUUAUUGUAAAAAAAUUAAAAAAGUGACAUUUCUUUUUUAAAACUCAAACUAAACAUAUUUAGUUUUUUAACUAAUUCAAAUUCUGAUACUUUAAGAUGAAAUGUGCAUGAUUUAUCAGAACCGUCUGACCACAUUUAACCAACUUCACAUGAGCUUUAUGUUGAAUCAUCCAUCAGUGAGACAACUGGCACUGGAUCAGCCAAGGAGCUGUAUGCAGGAGUGCACCCUCCGAGGUUCGCUCUGAUGAAACCUUUUAUUUGCUCAUCUGUCGUUCUGCAUUUGUACUUUAAUUUUAUGACGUUCACGUCGGGAAAUGCCGAUUUGCACAAAUAUGUUGACCCAAACAAAGCAGCUAUUUUCAGAGCAGCUUGGUGAAGAUUUUUAUAACCAAGCUCCAGAAAUGCUGCGAGCUGUUUGGGUUUUAGCUGGGCAUUCUUUUGGAGUUUUAGGUCCUCCAUUUCCAACUCCAUGAAGUCAACGCCGAGAAGUUCUGCCAUCUGCUCUGACAACAACAUCCACAUCCAGGAAGUGGAUGUGGAUGUAACACCUUCUUUACACCUUCUCAUUUCCUACUCGUCAAAUACUGAUGCUUGGUCACAGAGGGAGCCUGACCAAGCGUCAGUAUUUGAUGAGUGAGUGAAAAUGUGUCAGUUUGUUAAAGAGCAAGUCACCCCCUAACAGAGUCUUACUCCACGUCGUAGUGUACCUCUUAGCCAAUAGUGAUGGCAGACUUAAAUUAAAAUGCAGUGCAGAGUUUUUACCUGAAGAGGGCGUAAUGCUGACAGUUUUAGGCAGAAUAUAAAAAUUUUAACUAAGAUGCUAGCCUGGCAAGCCAGACUAAAUAAAUGUAUUAUUUAGUCUGGCCACGCUCCAUUGACGGCUCUCGGUUGUGGGGCGGGUUCUACCGUUGUCUUUCAAAUGAUCUCCGCAUUCCACUGGACAAUGAAUGUGACAUCCUCUUGUUUCACUCUGUUGCAUCAUCCCACCCACCAGGCAUAUAGAGUGCCCUGAUUGGCCCACAAAGCGGAUAAAGCUCUGUGAUUUGUUCACUAAGCAGAUAGAGCACUGUGAUUGGCCCACCAUUAUGCACCAAUCACAGCUCUUUAUGUGUUUGAAACCCCUCUAGAGAGUUGUGAUUGGCCAGCCAGAGUCCUGGUAGGAGCUACGGUGGUUCCAAUGGAGCAUGCCUAGACCAUUCUUUGCAAAGCAAGAAUUUGGUCUAGUUCACUAGGCUACUAAGAUGCACCAAAGUGCCAAAUUACUGACAUGUGUCUACAGCAUGAUUAGACACUCAUUUAUAUAGUUUAUCAGAAAAAAAAACAUUGCUUUGGGGGUGACUUGCUCUGUAAACUCUUCUAGUAUUUCUGUCUUCCCCUCUAAAUGACCACACUUGGAUCGCUCACUAUUUUAGUAGAAAAUCUUAGAUUUGUGAUAUUCUCCUUUAUAAAAAAAAAACCCGUCAUGUCAGAAACGUGCCCCUGAAGCAGCGUGUUAGCAGCACGUUUAUACCCAGGGAGCUCCUCUGCCUCUAUUUUAAUAGAUAACCUCUUAUCUCUUUGCAGCAGAUGGAUUCCCUCCAUGCCACGGGACCCGUAACCGUCUGGUGUCAUUGGUGAAUCCUCCACACCGACGCGGCUCUGUUUUCCCUGAGCUCACCAACACAUCUGUUAGAGAGGAGAGAGAAGGAAGAGUCGGAAUAAAUUUAAUAGACUUUAAUCCACAAACGACCAAACCGAAAACAGAGACCUUUUAAGGAUGACUUAUUUAACAAAAAGUAACCUGGAGGUUGGCUUGACUCGAAAAGGAUGCUGCUCUCCACCUUAACCUUGGCUGUCCUCUUCACCUCGUCGAGUUCUCACAGGACUGUUGAGUCCUGCAUCUUCUCAGUGAUCCAGCCUGCUGGGCUGCACGUGAACUGCAGCUCUUUAGAGCUCACAGAGCUCCCUCAUCUGCCUGCAGACACCACGGAGCUCUAUGUGCAGAACAACAGGCUCACCUCGGUGUCUCCAGGCCUGUUGGACAGACUACGGAGCUUGAAAAGGGUCUCCAUGUCCCCGAACCCCUUUCACUGUGACUGUAGCAUCCAGUACCUGAGGAACUGGCUGCUGAGGAACAAGGCCGUUGUUGCAGAGGAGCCUCUCUGUUCCAGUCCGAGCUCCGUAGCUCAGAAAACCAUCACUGAACUUUCUGACAACUAUUUCUUCUGCUGCACGUUUCCACUUGUGCAUCAUGUCAUCACCUCCAGCUGUGUUAACACAAUACACAACACCACUCUGGGCGUGGUGCUACUCUGCCUCAUCCUUCUGCUUGUGUGGAGCUUAAACCUGGCCAGGAAAGCCACCUACACGCUGUGUCUGGGUGAAAGGCAUUUAGGACUGGAAGCGGAGUCUUUGCGCUCACUGAGGCCUAAACACAGGAGGAGGCUACACUCAGGCCUGUCGGAGGUCACCGACGACUCGGAUUCUCUAACCUGGUCGGAGGACUCGGAAAGGCCACUCAUCAACAUGGACUUACUGCCACAAGUACUGGAAGUGUUGCACAAGAAGCAUAACAUAAAGAUAAAAGCCAGCUAACAGACGUCUGUGGCGAAUUACUGUGAAACUAAAAAGCUGGGAGCAGAAAACUGGAUUUAAAUAUUAGGAAUAAAACUGAUGAACAAUGCAGCCCUAGUUUGUUUGAAUAACCUUCAGAAUUCAUUAAAACACAUCAGGAACUAUUUUAACAAA